CACUUGGACAAGUGGAUAUGACACAACGGAAGCGUACGUCAAUAAAAGACUUUAUAAAAAGCGUAUACAGACUCUAAAGUUAAGGACUGUAUGAUAUCCGACAGCUAUGAAGGAAAACAUAUAUUUUUUGAUAUGUGUGGCAUUUGUCUACUUGUGUAAUGGACAGCUAGACAGGAAGCAACCACCCAAAGAUCUGACCAUGGACCAAAUCAUGUCAAGAAUGCUAGGCGGAUAUGACGCGAUUGCCAACCGACUUACAUUACCAGGAGGGUUGGUUUUAAAGGAACUUGACAUGUACUUGACAGAAACCCAGUUUAAAGCUUUAAAUGCUAAAACAAAAAGAAAAAGAAGAAAGGCCAUCAGCAAUGCAAAUGGAUAUUGGAGUGGUGGAGUUAUGCCUUACACGUUUUCCCCAGGACGUUAUGAUGCUGCUGACCAGUAUUUUGUUAAAGUUUCAAUGAGAGAGCUAGAAAAAUACACAUGUCUCCGAUUUAAACCCAGAACCAAUGAACAAGACUACGUGGAUUUCAUUGAUGCUCAGGGAUGUUGGUCACAACUUGGCAUGCAAGGAGGUAGACAAGAAUUAAGCUUAGAUAGAAAUGGGUGCCGAUUUAAAGGCCUGUAUUUACAUGAAAUUGGUCAUGCUAUUGGUCUCAUUCACGAACAAAAUCGACCUGAUCGGGACGAGUUCAUUCGCAUCAACGUUCAAAACAUACAACCAGGCCUACAGAGCCAAUUUGAGAAGUACCCGGAAUCCUACAUCAAUACUCGAAACGUUCAAUACGAUUUCCCUUCAGUCAUGCACUAUGGAGUGACGGCAUUCAGUAGAGACGGCAGCAGUCCCACGAUAUCAGCUCAGCCAGCCUACAAAGACAGGGAAGCAGAGAUCGGUAGAGUCUACCAGAAGGAAUUGUCAUUCGGAGACGUAAAGGUUUUAAACGCCAUGUACAAAUGUAACAUUCAUUGCACAAACACUGUCUGUAAUAAUGGCGGGUUUCUGGACCAAAAUUGCGAGUGUAUUUGCCCUGACGGAUCAUCUGACUGUCAACAAGGAAAAACAAGACAAAAUCCUGGUUGCACAAAUGUAGCCAACGACUGGAAAUGUAACAUUUGGGCAAAACAGGGUGAAUGUCGAAGACGCCCUAGUUGGAUGAAUGAAAACUGUGCGCGUGCAUGUGGUGUCUGUGGAAACGAACAAAAUAUUCGGCAAGACCAGGAAAACAAGUGCGAGAACUUUUAUGAUGACACCACUUGUGACAAAUGGAAAGAAAAUGGCGAUUGUGUGGUUGCGGAGGACUGGAUGAGGCAAAAUUGCAAGAAGACCUGCAUGUAUUGUGACCCAAACAACCCCAGACCAAGAACCAAUUGUGUAAAUGCACACUCGGAUGAUGCCAAAUGCAGAGAAUGGGCACUGGAUGGAGAAUGUGCAAUCAACCCUGCCUGGAUGACUGUCAACUGUGCAAGUGACUGUCACACUUGCAAAAACAACGAAAGCUUACCGGAUGGAGGAAUGAAAACGACGCGAGGGGUGGUCGUAACCAGGCCACCCGUCGUCACCACCCCACCCCCUACUACUCCCACUCCAAAUAAUUGCGAGGACAGGUACCCCACAGCAAACUGUCGAGAUUUUCAAACCAGGUGGAACUUCUGUAGCAUACAUAAGAUGUGGAUGGAGGCGAAUUGCAUGAAAACCUGUGGUCUAUGUGGCGGAGGGGAGAGAGAGAAAGAAAUGGAUGACUGUAAAGAUGAUAACACACAGUGUCCUGUCUGGGCCCGGGGCAACCAAUGUGUCAUCAACCCAGGCUAUAUGCUUAAAUUCUGCAUGAAAUCCUGCCGUGUUUGCACCUCAGGACUUCGCGAGGGAUCUCAGCAACUGGUUGAACAGUUUACAGCAGAAAGCGGGUCAACAAGAAUAAACGUUUAUGGGGCGCACCUCUUUUCAGCAGUUUUCUUUGUUAUAUUUUCCGUUUUGAAUUGUUAGAGACUGAACAAAAAAUGUGAACGCUUAAAUCCUGGAAAAAAUACUGUUGAACAACCAAAGAUGAGAAAACCAAAACAUAUUAUGAAAAAAAAACAAUCAUAACCAUAUAUAGUGUAUAUCAAACGAAAUUAUUUUUAAAAUCUUUGGAAAAGAUUAAAUUAGCCGAUUUACCAUAUUUUCUUAUAAUUCGACGUGCCAUAUUUUAAAUUUAUGUAUGUUUAUUUUUUCAUGAAUAUUUUUUCUUUAUAUUUCUAUUAAUUAUUCAUUUAAUUGGAAAAGGGGGUGAUUUUUUAUGCAUUGAAUUUUAUGUGGUUUACGUUAUUUAUUAUAUUUAUGUUUUUUAUGUUGUACCUGUUUCUUUGAAUGUUUGUCCAACUCUUAACAUAUGUUUCAAAACCAUGAUCUUUCUGCUACUAUAUUCUCAAACACUGUGCAAUUUUUCUGCCAUAUGCAUCUUUUUGUUUGAUACAUCAUACAUAAUCAUUUAAAAAAAAAAUACAAUAAAUUUUAACAUUGC